AUGUCGGACAAGAAGAACGACGACUAUGGCGUCCGGGACAUGGAGAACGGAGAUGUCGGCAAGGUCGAGACGGCCUACUCUCGCUCACCGUCGCCUCGGGCCAAGUCUGGCGGCUUUGACUUUUCCAAGAUCGACAACAGCCCGGGCGCAUCUGUUCUCGGCUACUGCUUGUCGUCUAUCAGCAUGACUGUCGUCAACAAAUUCGUUGUCUCUGGCUCUUCAUGGAACAUGAACUUUCUCUACCUUGCUAUUCAAGUUGGCCUAAUCACCAACCUUUCUGCGUUUGAUUCGGAGAAGGGAAAGAAAUGGUUUCCCAUUUCUGUUCUUUUGGUUGGCAUGAUUUACACUGGUGCCAAGGCGCUUCAAUACAUCUCCGUGCCCGUGUAUACCAUCUUCAAGAACCUCACCAUUAUUGUCAUUGCUUACGGAGAGGUGCUCUGGUUUGGAGGAAGCGUUACCCCCACCAUUCUUCUCUCCUUUGGCCUCAUCAUUUUCAGCUCCAUAGUUGCUGCCUGGGCUGAUGCCGAUGCCGCAGGCCGUUCAGCAACGGCAUCUCAAUCCUUUGCCACCAUGAAGAUUGGCUACACCUGGAUGGGUUUGAACGUCUUCUGCCAGGCUGCGUUUGUGCUGGGCAUGCGCAAGGUCAUCAAGAAGAUGGGCUUCAAGGACUGGGAUACCAUGUUCUACAACAACUUCUUGACUAUUCCUGUCCUGAUCGUUGGAUCUCUUCUGGUUGAGGACUGGUCUGCCGAAAACUUGGCACGAAACUUUCCCGAGGAAACGCGAACCAACCUCAUCCUCGGCAUGGUGUACUCGGGUCUGUGUGCCAUCUUCAUCUCCUACUCUUCCGCUUGGUGUAUCCGCGUUACCUCGUCUACGACCUAUUCAAUGGUGGGAGCUCUGAACAAGCUUCCCAUUGCCGUCAGCGGUCUCAUUUUCUUCGAUGCCCCUGUUACCUUUGGUAGUGUUUCCGCCAUCUUCAUUGGCUUCGUCAGCGGUCUGGUGUAUGCUUGGGGCAAGAUCCGCCAGGGCGAAAAGGCCAAGAUGUCGCUGCCAGUGACCAAGCCCGUCAUGAGCGCCAGCUCCCAGAGCAACAACGACGCGUCCAAUGCGUAA